AUGCAUUCUCAUUCUCCCAGUUGGUUCGUUCUCUCCUCUAAGGGAGCGGCAGAUAUCCGCUAUACAGCCCUCAUUCCAGCUGUGGUCUCCACUAUAUUCGCUUUUUCCAUGGUGGUUCUUCGUUGGUACAGCCGGAUUCACUGCUCAUCAGGUAGCAUUAAAGCUGAGGACUACUUUGUAACGGCCGCCUUGGUAAAAUUUAACAUUGAUGCCGGGAAACUAAGACAGAAGGCCAUGCUGACCCCGCUUCCCGUCAUGCUAAAGCUUGUCUUCACACAAUCAAUACUCUACCACCUCUCGAUCAACCUCGUGAAGGUUUCUUUCACGCUACAGUACAUCCGGCUGUUUUCCGUCAUCCCGGAGGUCGUUUACUGCUGCUACGCCCUCCUUGUCCUCAUCUUUGGAGUAGCGGCAGGUGGCGUCUUUGGCAUCAUCUUCCUUUGCAAGCCGGUGCAGAGCUAUUGGAACAUCACAGUGUCGGGCACCUGUAUAGAUGCGGAGGAUCUAUUAUGGGCGACGAGUAUCAUCGGCAUCAUCCUUGAUUGUGCUAUCUGGCUACUACCAAUCCCUGUGAUAGGACGCUUGAGACUUCCGAGGCGACAGAAAAUGAGCUUGCUUGUCGUAUUUGGACUGGGCGGGUUUGUGUGCAUCGUUAGCAUACUCCGACUAGUGCUUGUGCACGAUGCCGCGCAUCGAUUUCAAUACACAAAAUCAGGCACCUACGCCAUCGUCUUUUCCACAAUCGAGUUGAACAUCUCGAUCAUAUGCGCUUCCCUACUCGUCAUGAAACCACUCUUUGUGCGCUUCCUCCCUUCUAUCGUCUCCGAACAACAUGAUUCUGCGAGAGAGGAUCGACGGCUGUGGAGAGGAAUGACUGGGCUUGAUCUUCUUGAUGGGCUGGCAUUGGAUGAGGAGGAGAAAGACGAGAAUGAUGGGAGGAGGGACACGGCGAUUGGCAUGGGUAGGAUUUAUGAGAGGAGUGAUACGCCUGAUAAUGCAUGGGAUUCGUGGAGGAGACUCGAGAGUCGUUGA